AUGCUAAUGAACUCAAUUGAUUAGAGUAACAAUACACAUUUGAGAGUCGAUGACAAAUCGCCUUUAUUUCCAACUGAAUUGAAUAAAAGUGUGGUUUCUUUCAAAGACUAGCCUUAGCUUAGGCAAUCGAAAUCGACUAGUCCUGAAUUCAUAAACAGAGGGUUUACUCUGGUUAAGAUGUCGCAGACUCAAUAGGAUUCGAGUAUCAAAGCUCAAUCACCAUAUGCUCAGGAAUCUAGUUAUCUGCUCAGCAGUAAAAAAUAGUCCCCUCUUUAGAAAAUCCCUGAAUAAAAUGAAGAUGAAUUAAAGAAGCAUCCCCUGGAAACAGAUAUGAUGAUAAAAGCAGACAUGAAGCUGUAAAAAUAGUCUUUUUCUUCGAAGUACAACAUAAUAAACCUAGUCAAGAGCUUCUUCUCUGAAGAUCUCUUCAAAGCCAUAGUAAAGACCAUCUCAGAUGAAGUCAUUGAAAGAUUUGAACUGAAGACCUAACGACAAAAAGAGUUCAUUGACAAGUUCAAUGAAACUAUAGAUGGAGCCAAGCGACAGCAAAACACGCUUCAAAAGAUGCUCUAGGAGAAAAGAGCAAAAGUCGUAAUUGACCCUCAGAAGUUGGUCGAAAGAGUGCAGGUGCUCUAAGACAAACUAGAAAAGUAGAGUAAAGACUACUAUCAAGAGCUGGAUAUUUACCGAGCUCAGUUCAGGAAGUCACAGACGAACGGGAUCUAGAAGGAGCUGAGGAAUUUCUUCGAAGUAAGGUUGUUUGACGAAACUGACCAGAUACCUCCUGAUUAUAUUCAGCUAAUGAACUAGAAAAUAGGGGACAUAUAAAAUCAGUAUUCGCAGUAUGUGCAGACAUAGCUUGAGACUCAAAAGGUGCUGCUGCUUAAGCUAAACGCAUAUGAAAGACUUAAGCCUGAGCAGUUCUUCCUGACAGAUUUCACGAUAGAUGAGAUAAUUGAGGCACUGCCAGCACUAGAGAUAAACCCACAAAGGAUAUGGGAUUUGAUUGAGAAACACUACAAACCCAACUUCUUCGAAAAUGUCAUAUUCAAGAAGUACGGGUACCUAUUUGAAAACAAAAAUUAAGCUGAGUUUAUGGAUUAGAUGGGAUUGAUUCGUGAGGAAGUGCUAAUAGAGAUGUAGCAACUAUCGAACUCCUACGAGAAUAAACUUAAGCAGAUUAAGAAGGAGAACUCUGAGAAGCUGGUGGAGGUUUACGAUUUGAGAGACAAAUACUACUCCGCCAUUGAGUUGACUUAGAAGCAGACUAUUGAGAACACUAAGCAGUACUACGAGGAAAGAGAGCUGCAGAUAUUCCAGCGAUGGGAGUUGGAGAGAGCAGGCCUGAUGGAGGAGAUGAAGGAGCAAGAGAAGCAUUAUGAGCACUUUGAGGUGCAGAUGGCAUAGGAGAAGUUCAAGAGUUUUGUGUUCAGGUGGACGACUCUCAACAAAGUCAACAAAAUGAAGAAGUUUGACCGAGACUCUUACGAGUACAUGAAGGCUAACCUGGAGAUACAAGAGAUGCUGAAGGUUGAUAUUGAUCUCAGACUAGACAUUCUGACUAAAAAGCUCAGAGACGAUAUUUAGACUUACAAGAAAUAGGUAUCUGAGUUGCAAGAUGAGCUGAUUGAGAUUAGAUUCAAGAACAAUAAUCUAGAAAGAAUACUCAGCUAGAAAGACAAGUUUAUAGAUGAUUUGCGAAUGAAGGAGGAUUACCUGGCUAACAAUCAUUCAAAUGCCCGCGAUUCUAUCAAAUAACUUGAGAACGAUAAGAACCUCCUUGAAAAGGACAACUAAAAUCUAAGAAUGAUGGUUAAAUCACUUGAGGACAAGAACUUCCAUCUAAGUGAAAAGAUAUACAAACUGCAGCAGAAGCAGAAUUUGUCAUUUUUAGACUUGAAGAAGGUGUUUGGACCUGCUGAUAAAAUCCUAGUUAAGACUAGGCUAAUCGAUGAAAUCAACGAAGCUAUUAACAAACUGAUGAAAAAGAUGAGGAAGCUCACAGGGUUCAAGAAUGACACCAGGAACUAGAUAGUUGGAACUGAGUUGAGGAAUGUCUAAAAGGAGAUAUGCUACAGACAUGACCAUGGAGACGGAGUAUUAGUAGAGUAAAGUACUUAAGUAGAUAGAAUAUUAGUGAUACCGAGAGAGUGCCAGACUGAAGAGAUUGUUGUUAAAGAGAGAAAUCCUAAUAAGAUAAAAAUUAAUAAUCUAGAGAACUCUGCUGAAAUCAAGAAGAAGAAAAACUUAGUUGAUAGCAGGAAUAGAAACAUUAAGUCACCCAAAGGAUAAAUUAUAAACGCGUCUUCACUAGAGGGGUCAUAGCAAAGCUCCUCAUAAGUUACUUAGAAAAAUACAAUAUAGCAUAAAGAUCACAACAAACUGACUGAAAAGAUGAUAGUCAGCACAAAGCAAAUAAUUUCCUCUCAAAAAUUGGCAUCAAGCUUUAAUAGCGAUUCAUUAGGGUAUGAAAAGUCUAAAGAUAGUAGGUUUUAAAGAAAAAGCACUUUCAGGCCAGACAAGAAUGGAACUGGUGAGAAUUUAUAAAAAUAUGGCUAUAAGAAGCAGCAGAAUAUGAGAGGAAGCAGGAAUAGAUAGGGGAAUAAUGAUGACUUAGGAGAGGACUUGAUUGGAGAUGAUGAAGACUAGAAUCCCUAUAUAGUUGAUGAGUCUCGAGAAUUCAACCAAACUGGCUUAAAGACCAAUUUAGAUGAGACUGGCCAUUUGGAAGGGAGAUUUGGGGAUGAAAGCAAUUUUGAUCAAGAUAGCUUUAGGCCAAAUACUAAGCACAACAGAGAUAGUGAUUAAAAUGAAGAGUAAAGCGAUGAAAAUGGGUUGGUAUAGGAUGUCAUUAUGUAGACGAAAUAGGUACCUAAAGUGUUCUCUAGAUUAUGGCAGCAAAAUUAAGACAGGGAGGAAAAAAUGAAACUAUACCGAGAUUAAAGUCGUGAAAUCGACAAUUAAGAAUGGAUAAGUCGGAUGGCUGGCAAUAACUCAUUGCAAAAGACAUAUGAAGGAAUGUAGGUAUUUAAAGAUCCAAGAACCGGUAAAUGCUUUGUACACAUCGAUGAAUUGAGACAAAGAGUGCAGCAGAGUGUCAAUGAUAAACAUGAAUCAAGAAACGUCCAGCAAUAUCAAUCGAAGACUGAAUCGUGGCAAAAAAACCAGCACUAGUACUCAAACUUCAUAUAGAAUGGAUAACGAGUGCUGAAUACAAAUUCACAGCAACUAAAUAUGUCACUUUACCUCCAAUAAUAGUCAAGAGAUAAUCUAUUCUUAAAUCAAGACUCAUCCUUUGAUGUAUCUCCUAAUAGACAUGCUUAGCCUACUUCGAUUCCAAUAUCGAGGGGAAUAACCUCUCGGAAUUUAAAACAUCACCACAUAACGCAAAUUCAGAAUGAUAAGCAGAUAUCCAUAAAUCUCAAACUGAGACCAAUGACAAGGACUAACUUUAGUCAUUAUGAGUCUGAGAUACCGACUACUACAAAUGAUAGAUCCACAAGUGCUGAUAUAUAUUCUAACACUGAUUAAGCUACUCCAAUAAAGAUCAUUUCAACAACACCUUCUCAGUUUGGGAUUCUUAAAAGCAAAAAUAGGGGGAAUGGUGCAAUCAUUGAUGUGGGGCAGAUUUCUAUAGCUCACUAUAAAAAGGAAACUGAGAGCAAUGACUUUAAUAAAGCAAAUAAUGCAUAAGAUUCGCUUCCAUUCAGACCAGCUUCAAGCAUUCUUUUCAACUUCAAAUAAUAGAAAAUGAACAAGGGUCAUUUACCUUCACUAAAGCAUGAUGGCAGAUUGAACUAGAGUAAUACUAGUUCUUAAAAAUAAUAUGACACCUUUAUUAAUCUAAACAUGGCUGCAAAGCAAAGUGGGCACAAAGCUUAUUAAAAUAACAGCCUAUUGGAAACCAACACUCAGAUUACGAACUCGCUAUAGAUAAAUAAAUACUAGAGGUUGAAGAGUUCAUCUGGGUAUAGAGGGCUAACACAAUUGAAAAACUAUGGGAGUGAAAGUUAUGAUAGGCUAAGCAGGGCCAAUCAAUUGAAUUAGUCAAAUAAAAUGAUGCUUUUGGAUGAUUAAGAUACCAGUGUUGCCAGUGCCAGUGCUAUUCAAAUUGAUAGAAAUUAUUUAGAUACUAUCCAUAAUAUAUGA